CUUUUCUGCUCCGGCUGCUUUCUCAAGUAGGCUUUUAAAGGUUUUUUUUUUCCCGAAAGUUUUUUUUUAUUUAAUUAUUAUUAUUUUUUAAAAAAUAAAAUAUAUUUAUUACAUUCAUACUAAUUAAUAAAAAAUAAACGAUGUUUUGUAAUAGUUUAUUAAUUAAUAAAAUUAUUUUUAAAUUAAAAAUAAGCUUGAACAGUAAUUAACAUUUCGUCAAUAAAAUUAUAAAAUAUCUAUAUAAAAAAAUGUGUAAUCACCAUUUUUUUUUCCCUUGGCUAAUAAAUAGGCUACAGGGCAGAAACACGCACCUUCAAGUGCGAGUUAACACAUUUUUUUUAAUUAUUUUUAUUAAAAAUAUAAUAGAAAUUUCGGACUUUCUUUAUGUUAGAUUCUCUAAUCAAUUAAAAUGUGCUAAUCACAAAACUGUAGCUAAACACCAAAUAAAGCUUUGGCAAGUGACAUCUCUAACUAUGAAGGAAAAUAUUAUAUUUAUGAAUAAUUUCUUUAAAUAAUUUUCAAAAAAUUACAAUAAUUUAAUAAUAAUAAUAAUAAAUUUAUUAUAAAGCUAAACAAAUUUUUUUUAUAUCAUAUUAAUGUAUAAAAAUUAUUUAAUGUACCAGUAAUAUCAAAUAUGCGUAUAUAUUGGAGUGCAUAACAUGUGAGAGAAUAAAUUAUAUUUUAUUUUUAAAUUUAUGAAUACUAUAAAUCACAAUAUGUAUACUAUAUACUUGACAACAUGCAUGUUACAUUAAAUAAUUUCUGUCAAGAGUUUAAGCAAAGGGAUCGUUUACAUUAUUGAUGGUACCAAACAGAUGUUACCCGCUACUAUUAAUGGGCCAUCUGAUGAAGCCCAUGAUGUUAGCCGCUAGCUGGACUGGUGGGCCUGGCAGGAAAACCCCGCGAGCCCAAUAUUAUUCAGCAUUUUAAACGGCUAGAAAACUGAAAAGGUGUGAUUAUGUCGAGAGUAACGGCUCCCUGUGAAUAGCACUUCAAGUGUUUGAAUUUGGAAACAGAACAGGCGAGAAAACCCACCGCCAAAGGCGUCGCUUCUCAUCAACUAUGGAAUUUAAGUUGCAGAGAUAAGAGGCCUUUCUCUCUAUGACCCUCUUCUGUCAACCCCUUCGAAUCUCUCUCUGCUUCUUCUUCUUCUAUCAUCAUCAAUCCAUCAACAUUUGCCCUAGCCAGAGGCCCCUGUUCUUCAAGGCCUUUUCUUGAAGAGUUUCAAUAAUUUCCGAAUAGAUCUAAUUCCAGAAUCAACAGAACCAGAUUUAUCUUUUAGCGAAUUCCUGGUGAUACUUGGCACGGUUGUGAAGAUGAAUGAUCUUAUGACAAAAUCAUUUCUUAGUUACGUCGAAUUGAAGAAACAGGCCAUGAAAGAUCUCGAAGCAGGGCCGGACAUCGAGACGGGUCAACUCGACCCGGCUGAUGAGCGAAACCUAUCGCAGUUCUUCGAAGAAGUGGCUGCAGUCAAGGCUGACAUGGAAGAGAUCACCAGUCUCCUUCUUGAUCUCCAAGACCUAAAUAAAGAAACCAAAUCCACCCACAGUGCCAAAGUUCUUCGGGGCCUCAGAGACCGAAUCAGGUCUGACAUGGUCACUGUUCUUCGAAAGGCGAGGAUCAUCAAGACUAGACUGGAAUUGCUUGAUCAAUCCAAUGUGGAAAACCGGAGAAUUCACAGAGAAGGAAGCCCCAUUGAUCGAACAAGAAUGUCGGUGACCAAUGGUCUGAGAAUCAAACUGAGAAACAUGAUGAACGACUUCCAGUCUUUGAGGAAAAAGAUUGGUCCAGAGCAUAGAGAACCAGGAGAGGAAGUGAUCGAAGAAAUGGUGAAAAAUGGGGAUUUGGAGGGGAAGAAGACGGAUUUGGUCAUGGAGAAUGAGGAAACAGAGAAGUCUCUGAAGGAGAUACGGAGGAGUUUGGCUGAGCUCCACCAAAUCUUUCUUGACAUGGCGGUCCUCGUUGAGACACAGGGCGAAAAGAUUAACGAUGUUGAAGAGAAUGUGGCCAUUGGCAGAGCUUAUACGGGUAGUGGGACAAAGGAGCUUGUUCAGGCUGGGAAGAUGGAGAAGAAGAGGAAGUGGGCAUGCUGGAUUGGUAUUGUAUUUCUGGUGCUGUUUCUAGCGUGCCUUGUUUUAGUUUUGACCUGAAACUUUGUUGGGCUUUCCUUUUUUGUUUUCAAUUGGGUUGUGUUUGUGAAGGUCUGUUUUUGAUUGAGUUCAGUGAUCUGUGAUGGGUAAGGGUUUUCUGCUCUCUCUUGUAGAUGUGAUUUUGGGGUGAUGUGUUGGAUUGUUUGUUCCUGUUAUCUUACACUGUGUUUCUGUAAUUUGAAUAAGGUAAUGCAAGUAACUAAUGAUACUUU